AUGGGAAGCAACCAGUCAUGGGUCACAGAAUUCAUCUUGGUGGGAUUCCGGCUCAGUGCAGAGAUGGAAGUGUUCCUCUUCUGGAUCUUCUCCCUGUUCUACAUCUUCAGUCUGUUGGCUAACGGCAUGAUCUUGGGACUCAUCUGUCUGGACUUGAGACUGCACACCCCCAUGUACUUCUUCCUCUCCCACCUGGCUGUCAUUGACAUCUCCUACGCAUCCAACAAUGUCCCCAAGAUGUUGGCAAACUUAGUGAACCAGAAGAGAACCAUCUCCUUUGUUCCAUGCAUAAUGCAGACAUUUUUGUAUUUGGGUCUUGCAGCUACUGAGUGCCUGAUUUUGGUGGCAAUGUCCUAUGAUAGGUUUGUGGCAAUCUGCCAUCCCCUACAUUACACUGUCAUCAUGAGCUGGAGAGUGUGCAUAGUCCUGGCCAUCACUUCCUGGGUGUUUAGCUUCCUCCUGACCCUGGUCCAUGUGAUUCUUGUCCUGAGGCUGCCCUUCUGUGGGCCCCAUGAAAUCAACCAUUUCUUCUGUGAGAUCUUGUCUGUACUCAAGCUGGCCUGUGCUGACACCUGGCUCAACCAAGUUGUCAUCUUUGUGACCUGUGUAUUUAUCUUACUGGGGCCCCUCUGCUUGGUGCUGGUAUCCUACUCACGCAUCCUCUUGGCCAUCCUGAGGAUCCAGUCUGGGGAGGGGCGCAGGAAGGCCUUCUCCACCUGCUCCUCCCACCUGUGCGUGGUGGGGCUCUACUUUGGCAGCGCCAUUGUCAUGUAUAUGGCCCCCAAGUCCCGCCACCCUGAGGAGCAGCAGAAGAUCCUUUCCCUGUUUUAUAGCCUUUUCAACCCUAUGCUGAACCCACUCAUCUACAGCCUGAGGAACACAGAGGUCAAGGGCGCCCUGAGGAGAGUGCUAUACAAACAGAGGCCUAUUUGA